UGGAUUUCUUUGAGUGCUUUGAGAGGAGGUGUGGAGUGGAGCCCUCUGCGACUUGUUUGUAUAUUGUGAGCUGUGUGUGGUUGUAUUGGAUUUUACUGUACUGUGUAUAUGUGUAUGUAUCAGUGUGUGUAAGAGAGUGUGUGCUGACAGAUUUGCCUGUGUGUGAGUGUGUGUACACUUUCGCUUGUGUUUGUCAGUAUAUGUAGGAGUGUGUGAGUUUACAGGUUUAUUUGUGUGUAUGUUGUAUGUGUGUACCACCUUUUUUGUGUGUGUGUGUCCCUGUGUGUGUGUGUGUGUGCGUGUGUCUGUGAUGUGCAUUUUUCCAGGUUUACUUGUGUGUAAGUAUGUGUGUGCCUGUUCCUACGUGAUUGUGUUUUGUAUGAAUCUGGGCGUUUGUCUGUGUGUGUGCCUGUGUGUGUGUGUGUGUGUGUGUGUGUGUGUGUGUGUGUGUUUGUGUGUGCACGCAUGUCCCCAUCCCCUUUUGCCCCUUGUAUCUAUAUUACCUGCACCUCAGUGCAAAAGAGUGUAGAGGCUAGAAGUCACCCCGGCUGCUGUACCUGAGGAAGGUCCUCAACCUCAUUUUCAAGACAGGCUCUCUCACUGGCCUGCAGCUGCCCAAGUACCUGUCUUGGCUCUCCAGUGGCUCCCAGGAAUUUGAUAUGCCAACCCCAUAAUAUCAGAUUAAAGGCCUACGUAGACUGCUGGCAGCUUAUUUAUGGAUUGAUUUUUUUUCUAUGUGUUUAAGAGAGAGAAUUAGGCCAUAUAUUCUCAAGACCACUGACUAUUUCCUUAUUGUGGUUUUGUUUUAUUUAUUUAUUUAUUUAUUUAUUUAUUUAUUUAUUUAUUUAUUAUGGAUUGCUGGAUUCAUUUUGGUGGUGGUUUUUAUAUUCUCACAUGCUAUAUUAUUGCUUUGAUUAUUUACGGUUCUGCAGUCGGAUGAUUCACUCUAUCUCCAUUUUCAAUGUCCUGCAGUUUCAUCCUUUUACAUUAUUUCUGUUUCUCUAUUUAUUGAGUACAAGCAAUCAUUGGCUUAGACUUGAUACAAAUUUGCCCUUUUUGACACUUUGACUCUUCGGCCUUUGUUUAAGGUUUACUGUUCACUGAUAUUUAACUGCCUUAUUCCUUGUGGUUGGUUAAUUUUAAUUUUCAGUAUUUUGCUCUGGAGAGUUGUGGAUUUUUGUGGAUCACGAGGUCCUGAAAUUCAAUGGAGUUUUCCCUUAAAUGUUGGCUUUUUACAUUUGUUUGUUUUGUCUUAUACUCAGUCUUUCUCCUCUCAUUUCUUUUAUCUGACCUUUUUCUUCAAACAAUCCAUUCACAGUAUUGAUCAGCUUUGGCCGCCCAAUCCUAUUGUAGUAUGACGAUUUUUAUUUUCAUCAUUGCAUUUAGUAUUUUUGUGCUCUUGCCUUUCUCUUUUGGGGAUGGUUAUUUGGGUGGCUUUUACUUAUGAUUCUUCAUAUUUCCCCCUGUUCAUAAUUUUACUCUAUUUUUCUAGUCUAGUCUUUUCUUUGUUAUUAUUUUUUUCUUUUUGUUUCAUUUGUUUCUUUUAGGUUCCACAUGUGUAAUUUUAGUUCCUGAAUUGCUCCAUCUUUUUCAUUAUUUGAUUCCAUUUGUUUGUUAUUUUUAGGUAGCAUUAGUACUGAUAAAAUGCCUACAGAGACUGAGGAGGAGUUACCACCUUCUAGUCCCGAUCCCAGUAUCUCUCAGGAGGGAACCUUUCAUUCCCAAUAUAAAGUACUGAAGACUAUUGGAAAAGGAAGCUAUGCCAAGGUCCUCCUGGCCCUCCACCAGCUCACAGGAACCCCAGUGGCGGUCAAAGUUCUCCGAAAGAACAAGCAGUGGUUCCGGCCAGCCAUGACAGAAGAAAACAUAAUGAGAAAGAUCAACCACCCCAACAUUGUUUCUCUCUUACAAGUCAUUGAAAACAAAACUAGAAUAUACCUCAUAAUGGAGCUGGUGGAAGGCCAACAACUCUACCAGUACAUCAGAGAGUCAGGGCACAUAGAGGAGGAUGAGGCCCGGCAAAUAUUUGAACAGAUAUUAUCAGCAGUGAGCUACUGCCAUGGAAAGGGGAUUGUUCACCGAGACCUGAAAGUGGACAAUAUAAUGAUUGAUAAAAACAAAAAGGUCAAAGUCAUCGACUUUGGGCUUAGCACCGAAACACAACCUGGACAAAUGCUAAACCAGCACUGCGGUGCGUAUUCUUUUGGUUCCCCGGAAUGCUUCCUUGGACUUCUGUAUGACGGCAUGAAGAAUGAUAUGUGGACAAUAGGAGUGGUCUUGUAUUAUAUGGUAGUGGGAAAGCUCCCCUUUGAUUCUGUGAUCAUCCAAGAAUUACAAAAACAAGUUGUUGCAGGGGUGUAUCCUGCCCCCUGUGGGGUUUCAGAAGAACUGGAGAACCUCCUUAGUCAAUUACUAACAGUAAAUCCAAUGUAUAGACCAACAGCCAGCGAAGUGAUGAAACACGCCUGGUUCAAAGAACACGGGAAGGGGUUCACAGUUCGUUGUGAAGAACUGCUUCCCCUCAGGCCAGACCCUGAAAUUUUGGGUGCGAUGAAAUGCAUGGGAUUUCAAGCCUCUGUAAUAAAAUACUCCCUAAUAAAAAGAAAAUAUAAUGAGGAAAUGGCAACUUAUUGCUUCCUACAACAGCAGGCUCUCCCGGGGUAUGGCUGCACAGCCCAGGCACAGCAAGUGAGUCCCAUUGCAGCCCCAUUUCCUAGCCUUGACCCUGCUGCUGCUUUUAGAUUACAAAGAAAGAGGAGUGGAAGCCUGCCAGUCCUUGGCACCUUGCAGAUGUCAUUCUCCCAAGGUCACGUAUCUCAUUAUGGCCAGAAGGUUCAUCCAAAAGGAGGAAGAAGGUCCACUGUGGCUGGUCGUCUCAGGCCACUACCGAUGACACGUACACAGGACCACUAUCACAAAUGUGCCAUGAGUGUCCCAUACAUUCAAACAACAAGCAUCUUCAGUGAGAAGAGUAGCAACAAGGAAAUAAAAGAAGAUAAUCUACUCUCCCACAGAGCCCCAUUAGAGGAUAAGCCCAUCUCCAGCAGGGUCGGGCACAGAGGUUUUAACGGGUGGACCAGGAAUAUAGCAAAUGCCCUGAUAAAGCUUUGUUGCUGCUUGCCAAGGAGAAAGAAACCUCACCUGGGGCAGAACAGAAUCUCACCCCAGAAAUGAGCCACAGGGAGCGUCCAGAUAACAAGCAGCAGGCACAGCCCAGGUACCUUCGUGCUUUGUCCUUUCUAGUUUGCUCUAUGCUGGUCCUUCCUCUUGUCUCUGGUUUCCAUUUUCCCCACAAUUCUUACCUUGUAUCUUCUGUAAGUUCUUUUAUGAGGUUUCCUCAACACCAAGCCUUCUCCCUCUUCUUGAUUUCUCCUCUUCCCAGCAGGGACUCAAUAAGAAUUCCCCACUCUACAGAGUUUUCUUGUUGACCCAUCCCUUCAGAUGGACUCCAUCCCCCCCUUAGGCCAAUAACUCCCACAGGGUGAGGACUAGAGAUUCAUGGGCUCAUGGACUCAUCCAUGGGCUACUGGUUCUAGCACAUGUGGUCAUCAAUCACAAGUGCUGCAGAACAGAGUCUUAUGUUUUCAAAUGUAACAUCCCACUCCAGUAAGCCUUAAAAUUAAUAACAAGGUUUGUCACUGAAUAAGUAUCAACAACCUAGUUUGUUGGUUAUUGUUGAUGGUCAGAAUCCUGCAUGCAUGCAUAUUGUUUUGCAUACUGAUUUUUUCAUUCCUAAGACCUAGCAAUUCAUA